AUGUCAGAUCUGCAAAUCCAACAAAUUGGCUCCGGCGCGCUCUUCCCGCACGGCGACCGUCGCCCCACCAUUCCAGCACGCAGCCAGGCCCCCGCACCUUGGACAGAGGCACUACAACCUGGACCGUUUGCGCGCCACAUUGCGUGCUCGCUGUUGGCCAUGACGGUCAAGGCGGCGCUGUACAACAUCAUCUUUGGCGCGGACAAGUCCAACACGCCGUCGAGCUCCGCAUCGAACUCACCCUUGGCACAGGUGCCGCGCCAAGUGCUCGCCAAUCUCACGGCGCAUUCGGUGCACGCGCUGCAGAACCUGUGCGACCACCGCGCCAAGCCCGGCUCGGAGCCGUGUCCCGCAGCGAUACCCGCGUACCGACGGGCGGCGGUGCUUCUUGCGCUGUUUGCAGGCCGCAACGGGGAGCUGUAUGUCAUCCUGUCCAAGCGCUCUGCAAGGCUGAGAUCGCAUGGUGGCGAUACCGCGAUUCCGGGCGGACGGUUCGAGCCCACGGAUCGAGAUCUCGAGUUUACCGCCCGCAGAGAGGCGUUCGAGGAGACGGGGCUGCCCAUCGAUCCGACCAAAGCGGUCAAGCUCUGCGAGCUUCCGCCGUUUUUGUCGGCCAACGAGCUGGUGGUGACGCCGUUUGUCAUGCUGCUGACCGACCACUCGAUCCAGCCGCAUCUCAACCCGCAAGAGGUGGAUAGCCUCUUUUCGCUACCGCUCGUUUCGUUCUUGUAUCACAACCCGCCACGCCCGCUGCGACAGUCGUUGCAUCUGCCACCGAGUCCCGAGCCAGAGGCACUCCGAUACAUGCCUGAAAACGAGGUGUCGCCCAUCUCGGACUGGCAUACUUGCCGCGACAUCCUGUGGCUCGACAACAACCGCGUGCGCAGACACACGUUCUGGGACGAACGCAAUCCCAUCCGUGGCCUCACUUCCGACAUUCUCAUCCUUGCAGCGGCCAUUGCGUACGGGGAAAAACCGCUGUUCUCACUCACCAGCCCCGGCCAGCCAACGCAGGCCCAGCUGAUCACGCUCGCAUUCAACAGCCCUCUGGCUGUCAAGAAGUUCAGGGUCAAACCGCGUAUGCAGUUCCUCAAGACGCCCGAUCCACAGCGCACCAACGAUGAGCUCCAACAGCCGCACGACGAAAGACCCGACUUCCCUCUCGCGCCUCCGCUCGAUCCCAGUCCCAACCCAAACGGCAUAGACACAGCUCGCAUCACCAAGCCCAAACUCUAG